UAUUAGAAUAUUGUAUAAUAAAAUUUUGAUGUAUUUAUAAAUAAAUGUACAUAAAUAUUUUAUUAUUAGUUUUGAAAAUAUACCAAAAUAGAUUUUAAAAGUUCAAUUAGCAACAAAAACUAUUUAAUCUAUGUGAGAGGAAGUUGCACUAGCAAGUAAAAGUUUGACAGUUGUAGUUUGGGUUAAGAUUUUCUUUUCGAUAAUGAACAUAACCUAAAAGAAAAAUCCAAAUAUGAAUAGAUAAAUUUUUUAAUUUAGGUAAUUUGAUUUCAUUUUUCAAAUGAAUUUAUUUUUAGCUUAAUUCACAGUUUGUUGCUACGAGUCCUUUUAUUUAAAUUUAAUAUAUUCCACAAAAUGGAUAUUAGACGAACUAUAGGAUUUUAUGAUUUAUGUGUAAAUAAAUCAGCGAAUGGGACACAAAGUUUAUAUUCUUUUUUGUCAAAAUUACAUGAAUUUGGAUUUAAAACGAUCGCAUUGAACACUAAUUUGGAUGAAAGUACCGUUGUACCAGAUAAGAAAAAGAAAAAGAAAAUUGAUGAAGGAGAAGCACCUCAGAGUAUCAUUCCAAAUGCAUUUGAUAUAGAAAGCAUAAGAAAAGACUUUAAUGGGAAAUUAACAAUUUUUAACCGAAUUACAUUUUUUUGUUCUGAUCCAGCGAAAACACAUAUAUUAAAUCAUUGUGCAGAUUUAAAAAAGUAUGAUUUGUAUGCUUUUGCUCCGAAAACACAAAAUGCAUUACAAUUUGCAUGUACUCAAUUAAAUUGUGAUAUAAUUACUUUGAAAGCAUCUUCUACGACAUUCAAACUUAACAGAAAACUAUAUAAACAAGCCACUGAAAGGGGAGUACAUUUUGAAAUUCAAUAUGUAGAUCUGAUAAACGUAGAAUCUAGAAAACUUACCAUACACUAUUCACACCUGUUUUAUACAUAUGGAAAGAGUAAGAAUGUUAUAUUAUCAAGUGGUGCCAAUGAUGUCACAGUAAUUAGAAACCCCUAUGAUUUAAUUAAUUUAUCACGUAUCCUUGGGUUGAAUGAAGUGAAAGCCAAAGCAUCAAUAUCAAAUCAAUGUAAAAAAAUCCUUUUAAAAGCAGAAAGAAGACGCAGGGGGAAAGCAGCAUUCAUAAUUGAAGAAGAUAAGAAAACAGAUAUUACAGAAAAUAAUGAGGGAUUUUCAAAAAAAUUGAAAUUGUAAACAUUGUUUAUAAAAAAAUAAACAGAAAGCAUCAUAUAUAUUUUCAAUGUAUUCAUGAAUUUAUUGGAAUAAUUUAAAAAAAUGUUCAAUAAUUAUUUAAUAUUUCAUAAUAAAUAAAUUAUGUUAAAUAAUUCUGCUGAAAAUCAUGAAACUAUAUUCUAAAGAUAUUGAGGGAACAUUUUAUAAGUAGAUAUAAUUAAAUGCAGUUUUUAUUUAGAAUAUUUAAGGCAAAAAUUGUUUCCAGUUUUAACUUUUUAGAAGAGAGUUUACUUAUUUACUACUUUUUUAAAGAAAUAUUGUUAAGUUAAAAUUACAUUUCCAUUAAAAUGUAGUUUUUAAAGAACAGUUGUUUUCAAGAAAACAUUUCGCACAUUUACAAAUUAUAGACAUUACAUAUCUUAUGUACAAUUGUAUACUAC